UUGGAAAAAGAUGACUGAAGGGAAUUUUCUGUCUUGAAAUCCAAGUUACUCUGUCGAAUUUAAUUUUUAUUUUAUUUUGGGGAAUUAUUGCCUAACCAAAUUAGUGUUUUCUUUUGCUUCAUGUUUUCUUUCAUAUCGCAUGUAGCUUCAUCUGUUAUAAUUUUUUUUUGGUUGUAGUUGAUAAUUUACAGCCGUAGCAUGUGCACUUUUUUUUUUGUUUGUUGAUGUAGUGGGAUAAAGGCUCAGUAUAUUGUAGUCCUUGCCAUUUUUCUUCUUUGACCGUGCAAGAUUCAUGUUUGCUAGUAUUUUUUUUGGUCUGUACUGAAACUUUGUUGAUGCAAUUCUUUCAUGCUGUUCUUUACUUUUCUUAAAUACUGUGGAUCUAACUGCUGUUCUGCUUGUCAUAGUCUCUCAUUGCAGUAGGUAGUAUGAUUUUCUGCUCCUUAAAGUUUUCCCUGUUGAUUUGGUGCGCUUUUAAGUUGUUGAAUGCUUUCUAUCUGACAGUUUACACUGGAAUAAAUAUCUCUGGAUCAUGGUAAUAUUUGUACCUAUGAAGCCGAAAUUGGUUGUCAUUAAUCCAAAUUUGUGAAAGGUUACAGAUUUCUAUUUGUUAAUACUUCUUGCCAUUCGUAAGAUCAUCCUCAAAGGUUGCAGCUUCUAAUUUACUUUUCAUUCUAUUGGCAUUGGAUGCAUUGCUAUUUUUACAAUGGACUGAAAAAUCAUUUAUUCUUUGCAUGGUGGUCUUUACCAUUGUUAACUUUUGGUCAUGUGGUGUGAAGCAAAAUGGGUAAGGAAACAAUGAAGGUAACUUUCUUACAAUGAAAGCUGUAUAUUUAAUGGCAACCUGAUAUAUGGGCUGCCCUGGAGUGAGUAGAGGAGAUGGUCUUCUUCCUUGCAAACCCUAGAGCUUUUGCCUUGCCACUCAGCUGGAGCCUCAGUCCUGCUCCCCCUUGUGGAGCUGUCUUCCCUCUGUAUCCUUAGGGUUUGAGUUGCCUCUGUUACCUUCCCUCCAACCUUCGACUUGCCCACGCAAAAAACCGUCGGGUUACCUGUCUCUAGAUCACCCAGAUGACCAUAGCAUUGCCCAUAACCCAGAUCUUAUUAUCCUCUUUCAGCCAUUUUCUUCCUCAUCCAAACCACAAAUUGCUGAUCCUCUAACCCUGAUCUUAUACGAAUCUCAUCUGUUUGUGUGCAUUCAAUAUCCAAACCCUUUUCCCAACUUUCACAUUGCAUUGAAUACCCUCUUUUAGCCAUUUUCUUCCUCAACCAAACCCUUUGAUUUUCCACUGUAGCUCAUCCCGCUCUUCCCCCCCCCCCCCUUCUCCUUUUUUAGAGGUGCCCUCUUUUGUGUUUUCUGCCAUUGCCUUCGCCUCACCAAGCUCCUUAAACCUAGUGUGACCUGUCUCUCGCACUCAUCACAGCCCCUAUGCUAUUUAUGGCGCCAUUGAAAGUUAUCACAAUUGCUUUUUUUGCUUGGUUUUGUUUUCCGAAUGUCUCUUUUCUGUUAAGGUUUUGUUUCCAGAUCUCUGUUUGGGCUUUAGUUUUGGCUUCCGAUGGUUUGGUUUUAGUUGUCAAUCACCAUUGUGUAGCUGCUCUCAAUCAGCCAUGGGAUCUUGGGAUCAGCCUUUAUUCCUGGCAUUCCUCUCAUCUUGGACCAGUUAUUCAGUGUUUCAGAUGUGUAUCCACCUGAUCCAGUGCUUCAAUGGGUGAAUCAAAUGUCCCUGUCAGGUAUUCUACUCUAGCAGGUAACAUUCAUAUCUUUCCCCCUUGUGCCUUUCCUUUGGCCAAAGAACCUACACUGCUACCUACAUGGCAUUGGCCAGCUCUUAAAGCUAUAUGGAAUAACGUCUUCUCAUGGACUUGGAUUCAAGUUGUUUGGACUGUUUUGUGCGUAGCCACCAGGGCUAGUGAAUGGAAGAGUUGGAUUUUUCUUGUUGAGACAGCUUUUCCCUCCUCUUGCGCCUUUCCUUUGGCUAAAAGGACCUACACUGCUACCUACAUAGCAUUGGCCGGCCCUUAAUGCUAUAUGGAAUAACAUCCUCAUGGAUUUAGAUUCAAGUUGUUCGGACUGUUUUGUCCAUGGCCACCGGGGCUAGUGAAUGGAAGAGUGGAAUUUUUCUUGUUGAGACAGCUUUUCCCUCCUCUUGGAUGCUCGGUCACAUAUAUUAUGUAGUGGGAGGAUUGUUCUGUAAUGCUGGUUGUUUUGAUGGCAGAUGUGUUCUGGCUAGUUUUGCUCUAUUUGUUGUUUCUUGUGUUUCUAUGGUUUGUGGUUUGUCCUUGUCUUUGUUUUGUGUACUCUAAUUGUAUCUUUUGGUUUGCAGUCCCUAUGGAUCCCUGUUUCAUACUGCCGUUGGCCAGGCUGCAUUUUCUCAAUAUUUUACUUUGCUAAAAAAGAAGAAAGCUGUGUGUUUUCAAAGAAUCUGAUAUAAUGUUUGGCAAAGAGUGGAGUAGACCUUGGCAACCACCACUCGGAUAAUGUGUUUUCUUCCAUGGAAACAAUUAUGGCACUUGUAUUGGAAGAAAGUGAAGAUAUUUCCCCGGAGCUGAUCUCAACACUUCUGUCUGCCUUAAGAAGAGACAGACAGGAAGUUUUACCAAUUGCCAGGAAAUUGGCGGAGAAAGUCUUUGAAAAAUGUGCAACAAAACUCAAGCCAUACCUCUUGGAAGAAAAAAAAUCGUUGAGGCUCUCAUUGGAUGAUUACAGUGAAGUUGUUGCUUCUAUAUGUGAAGAACCCACUGAUGCUUCUGCAGAACGAAUGGGUGAGGAGAGCAAAUUGGCUGGUGGAUCGUUUGAGAACGUUUCUCAGGCUGUAGAGAACAAGUUAGCUGUGGCAUCUCCUGCUGAGACUGCGCAGGAGGAGGCAAGUAAAGAAAUUGUAGAGGUGCCUUGUUCUGUAGGCAAUCAUCCUGCUAUGGAGGAAUCUUCCAAGUCCAUAAGUAAUGGCGAUUUGGAGUCCGGGAAUGAAGAUAGAUUGGAGUCAGACUCCUCCAAGAAGCUAGAGCAUGCUCACCAAGCUGAUCGGUCAGUUGAAGCCAAUAUAGCAAGCAAUGCUGAACCUGAUGGGGGAGUAGCAAAAUCAGAAUCUAAGGUGGAGCCAACAUCCAAGAAGAGGGGAAGGAAGCCAAAGUCCAUUCUCACUUCAACAGAACCUUCUGACUCCACCCAACUUAAUAUCGAUAAGAAAGUUGAAGAGGCAGCAGACCAUCUCAAAACUGAUAACAAAGAAGUUCAUGGUUCACGUUCUGAAGAUCAGUUGGUUGAAGAGGCUUUAUCAUUAGAAGAUGAAAAAGAGGCUGAAAUGAAGUCCUUGCCAAAAGCAUUGGAGAGUAAACCAGCGAAUGUUUCUUCGUCAUCUCGAAGUGGAAACGCCUCAGAUGAGGGUUCUCCUAAAAUAGGUGAAUGUCCAAAGAAAAAUGAUACAUUGAGUCAGGCGGUCAUACCGACUAGUGAUGCUAUAUCUGAGAAGAUAUCUGAUGAGACAAGAAAUUUGGAAGAGAAGCCACAGAGGCAGGCGAGGAAAAAGACUACUCCUGGAACUGCUGCUGAGGAGAAGGCUUCUGCUCUGGAAGAAACUUCCAAAAGUGAAGGUGGGGCUACUAGUGAUUCCGCGACAAAACCAUUGAAAAAGCUAGUCCAGAAGCUACAUCUGAAAAAAAACAUUGUGGACAAGUCAUCUUCCAAGAAGGAAGAUGGUAAAAAGCAUGAGGGUGGAAAAGUUACUUCAAAGAAGGAUGUGACAAAGUCCACUGUGGAAGAUGAUAAAGAAGAAGUGGUUUCUUCACCAAAGUCUCCCCCCAAAUUAGCUGAAGAUGAAAUGCACGUUGAGGAAACCUCCAAGGCAACUUCCAAGAGAAAGCGCAGGCUAGGGCAAGAGAAAGCAUCUGGUACUAUGGAGUAUGGAGAUAACUUGGUUGGUUCCAAGGUUAAGGUUUGGUGGCCGAAAGAUCGGGCGUUUUAUGAAGGCAUUAUUGAUUCUUUUGAUUCAGUAAAAAAGAGACAUAAGGUUUCGUAUACAGAUGGUGAUGAAGAAAUCUUAUAUCUUAAAAAGGAAAGGUGGGAGUUUAUUGAAUCCUUUGAAGGUGACUCCAUGUCGGAUAGGGAACAAGCAAUUGAAUGCCGAAGUCCUGACAGUUCAUCUGAAAUGCACAAAAAGAAAAAGGCGAAAGCAAUUUCUGAACCAUCGGCCCAGCAAGCAAUGAGGAAACAUUCACGAGGUGAAGCCGUGUCUGGCAAACUGACGGGAUCAGAUAAGAAAUCUGGUCGGAAGUCUCAGGAUGAUAAUAAGAUGGAGGGAAAAUCUAAGGACAGGGCUUCCAAGUCUGGUGGUAUAUCUGAGGAUGAUAGUGGUGGCAAAUCAAAAAGCCGUUCUCGAAAGAGUAGUGGUAAAUCUGGUCGUGCCUCCAAAGUAGCUGGUAGAUCCGAAAAUGUUGAAGGUGACACACCAAAGACCGGCACAAAGUCCAGGCAGGAUACUCUAAAAGCAUUCAUGAAAGGUACCCAAAAAACUAGCGCUAAAGAAUCUUCAGAAAAUGCCACCCCUAAGUCUCCAAAGAUAGCCUCAAAGUCCAAGGGUAAAACCUCCAAAAGUGGGAGCAAAUCUUCUAAUGGUUCUGGCAAGAUGAAGCGGGGUUCAGUGAGGAAGGAAACCGGGAGAGAGAAGUCACCUGAGAAAAUGGAGAUACCAGAAACUGGUAAGGGCAAAUUAGCAGAUGCAUGGAAGGGGCAAGAGAGCGGCGUGAAGAGUGGAAAGAAGCGUAGGAGAGAGGCGAAGAGCUAAGUACUUGGCCUUGUGGGGCUGCUUUUAUUGUCUCCAUAAGCAGCUGCAUACAUCCCUCAACAUGUUAUAUUGCAACUUCCUUGAGGUUUGCAGCCAGCCAAUGGAGAUAGUAAUUGCGGUAAUCUUUUAACAUAAUUUUGGGAUCAAUUGGUUUGGUGGUUAGUAAGCAUUUGGUAGCGGUAGGUUAAAAUUAAAAUUAAACUUAUUAGUAGGAAUUUGCAUUAAUUUUGGAGUACGGUAGAAAGUCUUGCAGAUUAGCUUUUGCUAAAAAAGGUUCUCCUAUAUAUAUGUGUGUGAUAGUAAUGCGAUAGAAUGACUUGUAAUCUGGUUUA